UUGAAGUCGGCGGCGAAACAACCUCCGUUGCCGUCUUCUCCCGUCACCGACACGUCACUCUCGUUAUCGGUAACAUGUAACCGUUACACCGCUACACUGCUUUCUUCGUUCCAUCCCAUCUCCUCCUUACCAGUUCCCCCGCGUUCCUCCUCCUCAGAGAUCCAGAUCUACGAAACCCUCUCUCCCCCCUCCUCCAAAACCCUAACCCUAGAUCGAAAGAAUCGAAUCCCCAUCCAUGGCGCUCAAUCUUCGUCAAAAGCAAACGAGUCUUAUCGUGCGGAUGCUUAAUUUGAACCAGUCGCCGAGCCCCGGCGGCGGGAUCUCGUCGUCGUCGUCGGCGGCGGCGCCUACCACGGCGGAGGGCGAGGAGGUGUACAAGAUCCUGAUCAUGGACGGAUUCUGCCGAUCGAUCCUCUCCCCGCUGAUCCGCGUCAACGACCUCCGAUCCCACGGCGUCACCCUCUUCUUCGGCAUCGACAAGGAGCGCCAGCGCGUCCCCGACGUCCCCGCCCUCUACUUCGUGCGCCCCACCCCGGAGAACGUCGACCGCAUCGCCGCCGACGCCUCCCGCGCCCUCUACGACUCCCUCCACCUCAACUUUUCCUCCUCGCUCCCCCGCCCCCUCCUCGACCGCCUCGCCUCGCGCCUCGUCGAGUCCGGCGCCGCCGAUCGCGUGUCGAGGGUCUUCGAUCAGUACCUCGAGUUCGUCUCCCUCGAGGACGCGCUCUUCUCGCUCGCCCAGCCCCGGACCUACGUCCACAUCAACGACCCCGCCGCGGGGGACCGCGAGAUCGAGGAGAUCGUCGAGAGGAUCGUGGGCGGCUUGUUGUCGGCCCUCGACGCCCGCCUCCGCGACCACUUGCUCGCGAAGCCCAAUCUCUUCUCGGAGGGGGGCGGCAUGGCCGCCUCGUUCCAGCGCCCAGUGCUCUGCAUAUUCGAUCGGAAUUUCGAGCUUGCGGUCGGGAUCCAGCACGACUGGAGCUACCGCCCGCUGGUCCACGACGUGCUCGAUUUGAAGCUGAACCGGGUGACCUUGCCGGGGGAGAAGACCGCCGUCAAAUCAUACGAAUUGGAUGACUCCGAUCCGUUCUGGGCCGCAAACAGCUGGUCUCCGUUCCCUAAGGUUGCCGAGGAGAUUGAGACCCAGCUGAGCAAGUACAAGCAGGAUGUGGAUGAGGUGAAUCAGCGCACUGGCGGGAAAGAUGGUGUUGAAUUCGACGGUACGGAUCUGAUCGGGAACACGAAGCAUCUGAUGAAUGCGGUGAACUCGCUCCCUGAGCUCACGGAGCGGAAGAAGAUGAUCGACAAGCAUACCAACAUCGCAACUGUGCUUUUGGGCCACAUCAAGGAGAGGUCUCUGGAUGGCUACUGCGAUUGCGAGAAUGACAUGCUGGUGAAAGGCAGCGUGGAUCGCAGCAUGUUGUUGGGUCUUCUGAGAGGGAAAGGCACGAAGGAGGAUAAGCUGCGGCUUGCGAUUACUUACCUUCUUUCUUUCGAGACACCACCACCUGCCGAAUUGGAACAGAUAGAAACGGCGUUGAGGGAAUCCGAAGUUGAUAUGUAUGCAUUUCAGUAUGUCAAGAGGAUCAAGUCUUUGAAUACAUCAUUUGCUGCUUCUUCGGCCUCGGCUAGCAGGGGAAAUAUUGUGGAUUGGGCUGAGAAGCUCUAUGGGCAAUCCAUUAGUGCCGUGACCGCAGGUGUGAAGAAUCUCUUAUCAGCAGGGAGACAACUAGCACUAACAAGGACGGUUGAAGCCUUGAUGGAAGGAAAACCAAAUCCGGAGGUGGAUUCUUACCUAUUUUUCGAUCCACGGGCUCCAAGAACGGGAUCUGGUGCACAAUUCAAAGGGCCGUUCAGAGAGGCUAUUGUCUUCAUGAUAGGUGGUGGAAAUUACGUUGAGUACAGGAGCUUGGUCGAGCUAGGCCAGCGUUCCCAACCGGCCAAGCAUGUGAUUUACGGAGCGACAGAGAUUCUCAAUGGGGUGGAGUUUGUUCAGCAGCUUACAGAAUUGGGGCAGAAGAUGGGAUUGGGAGGUGGUGGACUCACUCAAUCCCAGUAAAUAGCACUUAGUUUUGGAUAUUAUUUUUCGUAGUAAAAGGAGUGACAGAGAAUCCAUAUAGAGUGGCGAAACUGAUGGAGACAAAUUUUUUAUCCAAACUCAGAUUGUGGCAAACAUUGGAAGAGACAUUCUGGUCAGCACUUUCUUUGACUUUGUAUUUCAAAUUUACUGCAGCCAUGUAUGUUGGUCCCUUAUAUUCCUUUUUUUGUAUUUAAAAUGCUCUUGGCUACGCUUUGUUGAUUUUUGUUAACAGCCUCUGUUUUGAAGUCUAGGGCUGCUUACGUCUUAUUUUGUUCUUGAGCAAUUGCAAACACAUUUAGGACAGUAGACGAGUUAUCUUAAAGAACAGAACUUUAGAUUGAGUCCUAUCUUCACAUACGGUCAGCAGCAUGUUAAUUCUUUGAACCUUGAAAUAAUGACUGUUGUUUGUACUAACACUAGGCCUCUUAGAAGGUCUUGCUGAUUUUCAUUAUCGGCCAAAUUA